GUGUCCUCAAAUUUAGCUCUCGGCUCGCCUUCUUCUUUUUCCCCACAUCUUCCUUUUUUUUCUAUUAUAUUUUCUGCGGUUUACAAGAAAGAAUGUCUCCCGAAAGUCCAAUGCCCAGCAACGAUGAGCUGGCUACCGCUCUUCUACAACCGUCCUCCCCUGAGGAUUACAGCGACAGCAACGACAUAGCAUCUCCACCAUCACAACAACCGUCGCUAGGGCAACAGCAGCCACAGUCACAGCAACCUGUCAAAGUCAGAAAGAAACCUGGCCGCAAACCCAAUCCAGCAUCACCUGCCCUACGCAAAGCCCAGAACCGUGCUGCACAACGUGCCUUCCGCGAACGUAAAGAGCGCCAUCUGCGAGAACUCGAGACGGCCGUCAAGCAGAUUCGGGAGCAGCGCGACAAACUGCAGGCCGAGAACGAGCAGUUCAGACAAGACUCGGACAUCCUGCGCUCCGAGAACUGGUACCUGAAGGGCAUUGUCUUGACGCUCCAGCUCGUCUGCUUCCGCCACAACCUGGUCAUCCCAUCGCACUCGCCCUACAUGAACGAAGAGGCCUUGUCGCUGCUGGCUCAGUCGAUUCCAGAACCCAUUGCGGCGUAUCUGAGCGCCAAUGCCAACAACAAGCUUCCCAUCCCAUCGCGUCUCUUUGACUAUUCUCCCAGCAAGCCGCGCGACCGGUAUCUUUCACAAGGUUCAUUAUUCGUCACAAAGGAUGGUAUUUCUAACCAGGCGCCGACCGAAUUUGAGAAUUUUCCCAGUGUCACUUCGAAUAGCAGCAGCAGCAGUAGCAGGAGCAGCAGCAGCAGCCACACGGACGAUUUGGCGUCCGAAUUACCAGCCUUAUCGCCAGUGUCUGAAGAUGAGGUGCCGCUGCCAUCGCCUCCAGCGGCGCUUGAAGAACCAAUCACAUCCAAUCUUGCGGCUAUUCAGAUCUUGCGUCUGCGCCUACGCUUGCAAUCCGCCUGUGCACAGAUGGACUCGACACCCUUUGCCAUUCAACCGACUGUACUACAGCUCACAAUUCCCCACGAUCCACGUAUUGACCUCAUCCCCACGCCUCAUAUGCGUGACCGCAUGAUCCUGUUCCGCGACCUCUUUGAUCUAGACGACUGUUUCCGCUGCUUGAUCGGUAACUCGGUAUUCCAUGGUGGUGACCCUGCACUGGCAUCCAACUGGCAGCUUCCCCCGGAGUUCUUUGACAAGUUCUGGUUCUUGACGAUCGAUUUCUCGUUGCAGCGCACAACGAAUCGAUGGAGAAGACUGCAAGGUCUGAAGGAACUGCAGCCGAGCGACGAAAAGCGAGAAAUGCCACCUGCCAUUGCAGCUGCUCUUGCCAAUAUGCCACAACUCUCCUCUGCAUUGAACUCGUUUCCUCCACCAGCAUCGUUGAACAGAAACAGCAGCAACACCCAUAGCAACAGCAACAGCCGAAACAACAACAACAACAACCAUAACUAUGCAUCAUCACUAGCAUCAGACACAUCCUCAAGCGGAGAGAGCGACAGCACCAUGUUCUUCGCGUCACCAGUACAGCUCACGAAUGGAUACAUGCCCACAUCACAGCCACAAGACAAGGACACUGACUUUCUGAUGGACACGUCCACUUGUCAUCCAUGGGACACCAUGCUGUCGCCUUCCGAAAACGACUAUGACAUGAUCAUGGACAGUCUUAUCGACUCGGAUAAAUCAUAGGUCCCUCAUUCCGACCGUCAUCUUUUCCCUCCAUCCGUCACUCACUCAUUCACUUUUUCACUGUACUUUGCAUCAUUUCAAGGGCUGGGCCCCCCCCCAUUUCCCGCUGUAAUCAUUUAACCUUCUACCUAUAUUUUUCUUCCGUGUAAAUUUUUUUCAUCCCCCUUUUCUCUUUGCAUUUUUUAAAAACCAAGAUAUCGAGCAUGCUAUUCCCAAAAAGAAAAACAGUAGUAGUAGUAGUAGUAGUAAUAUAAUAAUAACAAGUAUUUUAGAAAC